CAUGGCCUCUAAAUUCAGUCAUUAGUUUGUGAAGUCGCGACAAUUAAACAACUCAAGUGAAGAGAAAAAAAUGGCAAAUCCCAACCAAGAAAUUAAAUACACGAAGCUCUUCAUCAAUAACGAAUUUGUCGAUGCUGUAAGCAGAAAAACAUUUGCUGUUAACAACCCGGCAAAUGAAAGGAAAGUAGCAGAUGUAUCUGAAGCCGACAAAGCUGAUGUUGACCUGGCCGUUAAAGCUGCAGACAAAGCUUUUGCUCGUGGCUCCCAAUGGCGUAAUACGAAUCCUAGUGCUAGGGCAGAUUUGCUAAAUAAAUUAGCCACCUUGGUGGAUCGUGACAGUGACUACAUUGCCAAUUUAACUGUUCUCGAAAAUGGAAAGAGUUUUUUCAUGGCAAAAGGAGAAAAUUACAGAUUCUCCCAAAUCUUACGCUUCUACGCUGGAAUUGUCGAUAAAUACUACGGCAAAACGAUUCCAGUCGAUGGAAACUUUUUCACGUACACCCGCAAAGAACCAAUCGGCGUUGUUGGUGCUAUUUUACCAUGGAACGCCCCUGUGAUUAUGUUAGCAUUUAAGUGGGCACCUGCACUUGCAGCCGGAUGUACAAUCGUCACUAAGCCAGCUGAACAGACCCCGUUGGCAGCAUUGUAUAUUGCUGCAUUGUCGAAGGAAGCCGGGUUUCCUGAUGGUGUCAUAAAUGUUGUUAAUGGAUUCGGACCCACUGCCGGUGCAGCAAUCGUGUCACAUCUCAGAGUUAGAAAAGUGGCGUUUACUGGUUCGACUGAUGUUGGGAAAAUCAUUAUGAAAAAUGCAGCAGAUUCCAAUCUGAAGAAAGUUUCAUUGGAACUGGGUGGAAAAAGUCCUUUGGUCAUAUUUGAUGACGUGGAUCUUGAUGAAGCUGUUCCGCUGGCCCAAGAUGCAAUCUUCGUCAAUCACGGACAGGUGUGCUGUGCAGGAUCGCGUACGUUCGUUCAGGAAGGAAUUUAUGACGAAUUCGUCAAGAGGUCGGUUGAGUUAGCAAAAAAGCGUAAGGUUGGAAAUCCUUUCGCGCCGGACACUGUACAGGGGCCACAAAUCGACGAAGAAUCGCUGAACAAAAUUUUAACUUACGUCAACUACGGAAAAGCGGACGGUGCUAAAUUGGAAAUUGGAGGUAACCGAAUAGGCACUGAGGGAUACUUCGUCGAGCCAACCGUUUUUUCCAAUGUCACCGACGAAAUGCGCAUAGCUAAAGACGAGAUUUUCGGACCCGUGCAAUGCAUCAUUAAAUUCAAGACAAUCGAAGAAGUUAUUGAGCGGGCCAAUCGAACAAAUUACGGUCUGGCAGCUGGUGUGUUGACGAAGAAUAUCGACACUGCUUUUGCAUUCGUAAAUGCUGUCGAAGCCGGCUCGGUGUGGGUGAAUUGCUAUAAUGCUUCAUUUAUAAAUGCGCCGUUCGGCGGUUAUAAGGAGUCGGGAAUUGGACGUGAAUUGGGAGAGGAGGGAUUGAAUUUGUAUCUGGAAACAAAAACUGUGUCAGUGAAGCUAGCCAAAAAUAAAUUGUAGUCAAAUAGGCUGUG